CAGGGAGGAUAAGGAUGCUUCACACUGCGCCAUACCCAUCUCCACCAGCCUGAUCAAACAGAUAGUGAACAAGACGGGGAAUGAAGACAACCCAGAACACAUCCUGGCUGAUUUCUACGGUCCAAAGAGCACCACAGAGUCGCCAUGGCCUUAUGUUACAAAGGACCCUGACAGGUCAGGGCUGGAGCCUCUUUCUCAGUGGGACAGCCCCAUGCAGGUGAAACUGUCCCGCUGGAAAUCUGGUCUGAACACUCUGCUGGUGGAGCUCCUGCCGUGGGCUCUCAUGGUUAAUGACUCCCAGUGGGACCUGUGGCUUUUUGAGGGAGAGACCAUCGUACUGCAGAUACCAGCCGGCAAAGUCAUCGUACCACCAAACUUUAAGGAAGCUUUUCAGAUUGGCAUCUACUGGGCCCACACCAACACAGUCCACAAGUCCACGGCGCUGAAACUGGUCCACGACCUGACCUCUCCUCGAUGGAAGGAGGGAACGGGCUCUGUGGUGGUCACUCUGGAUGAGGAGGGAUUCGUUGAGGUCGACAUCGCUUUGGGAGCCUCUUCUGGGAAACAGACGGUGUGCCAGUUCUGUGUGUCCUCUAUAAUCAGACAUGGAGUCCAGAUCCUGCAGAUAGAAGACAGAACGAUUCUUGUCAACAACACGCCUUACAGCGUACACUACAGGCCUCUGUUGACUAACCGCCACUUAGGUGGCUGUGAACAGGUCUGUGAGAUACCAGAGAGCUCCGUGUUCACCCUCCCUCCCCGUGAUGAGCGCUCUGUGGCGAAGCCGUGCUCCGUGCCAUGCUGGGACCUUCUUCCAGUCGGUGCCCAGGGGAAGGCGGAGUUCGCUUUGCCUCUCAGACACAUGUGUUUCAGCCUACUUUCAAGGCCCUGUGCUGGAGCUGGAACCGCAGCGUGGAGUAUCCCGGCUCCGGUGCGACCAGACCUGCCCCGGCAGAGUCUGUCCAUACCGGUGGAUGUGGACUCAGGGGGUGGCCUGUGUAGCAGGGCUGUUGUGUUGACGUAUCAGGAGCACCUUGGAGUGACAUACAUAACUCUGAAUGAGGAUCCCUGUCCGCGCAUGAUCAUUGAAAACAAGUGUCCUGUUUCACUGCUGCUCAGAGAAAACGUCAAAGAGACGCCGAGGACGGAGGUGUUCUGCCGUCCCCUGCCUGCCAACUCUUCUCUUCACCAUGAGCUCUACUACCACUGCUCCAGCUUCCCUGAGUGCAGGCAGCGGGAGGUGCUGCCCACCCUGCAGCUGAAGACCAUGUCUGAAAACGGCACCCCUGACUGGACAGACCCCGUGGAUAUCAACUGUCCGGGCACUCAGGUGGUUUUCCUGCCCGGCUUCGGCUGCCUCUACAUCCACGUUUGGUACCAGGGAGGCAGCCUGGUUCUGUCUCUGGCUCCAGAAGGAAGCGUGGAAGCUGCUCUCAACCAACACAGCAGGCCCUCCAGAUUGUCUGUCAGAGUCCUCCUGAGUGAAGCCAGUGUUGCGUUAAGUGAUGAUAUCACAAAUCCCAGCGGCUCCAUGGAGCUGCUGAGACUCACGUUAACCAAGCUGCUGCUCAGCCUCGCUCCAGCGCCCACCUCCUUACCCGCCGAGCCGUCGGACGACUCCCCCUUGGCUUCCAGCUCCUUCUCUGUUCUGAUGACCGACGCGUCUCUGAUUGAGAUCUACUGCUACAGUCUGCAAGUUGACAACCAGCUGUACAACCGGACUAGUUUCCACUUCCCCGUCCUGCUGUGCCAAGAUCAGAGAGGAGCAUCUGAGCCCGAGGCUUCAUGGAGCAGUGAUGUCAAUCCCACAGAAUCCCCAGAACGGUUGGAUGAUUUCAAACGCUCCUGUUUUCUCCAGCUGAGGAUGACAUUGACUGGGGACCUGAGCUCAGUGGAGGAGGUGAAUUUCCAGCUCCAGCCUGCCAGAGUCUACAUCGAGGACACCUUUGUUUACUACAUUAAGACCCUGUUUGACACGUACAUCCCCAGCCGGCCAGAGGAGUGGAGAAAGGAGAGAGAGCCUCUGAUUCUCCCUGAACAGGUGGUUCAGUCCGUCCAGGCGCUGGUCCACCCGGUGCGGCUGCAGAGACUCACUAUCCAGCCGGUCCAGCUGCUGGUCAGCAUCCACGCCUCCCUGAAGCUGUACAUCGCCUCCGACCACACGCCCUUGUCUUUCUCUGUGUUUGAACGAGGGCCGCUCUUCACCACCGGCAGACAGCUGGUUCACGCGCUCGCCAUGCACUACGCCGCUGGAGCGCUCUUCAGAGCCGGUUGGGUCGUGGGAUCUCUAGAGAUCCUUGGAAGUCCCGCCAGCCUGGUGCGCAGCAUUGGGAACGGCGUAUCCGACUUCUUCCGCCUUCCAUACGAGGGCCUGACGCGAGGGCCUGGGGCCUUUGUCAGUGGGGUGUCCAGAGGGACCACGUCUUUUGUUAAACACAUCUCAAAAGGCACCCUGACAUCCAUCACUAACUUAGCCACUAGCCUGGCGAGGAACAUGGACCGCCUGUCCCUGGACGAAGAGCACUACACCAGGCAGGAGGAGUGGAGACGGCAGCUACCGGAGAGCCUGGGGGACGGACUGAGACAGGGUCUGUCCCGACUCGGGAUAAGCUUGUUAGGAGCCGUAGCGGGCAUCGUGGACCAGCCCAUGCAAAACUUCCAGAGGAGCUGGGAGGUGCAAAGCUCAGCUGGGAGCAAAGCGAAGGGGGUCAUCUCUGGAGUGGGGAAGGGGAUUGUGGGCGUGUUCACUAAGCCCAUUGGAGGAGCCGCUGAACUCGUGUCCCAGACUGGAUACGGGAUUCUCCAUGGAGCAGGUCUGUGGCAGCUUCCCAAACAGCUCUACCUGCCUGCAGAGGAGAGGUCUGCUCAGGCCUCCAACAGCCACCUGAAAUAUGUCUGGAAGAUGCUGCAGUCUCUGGGUCGCCCGGAGCUCCACAUGGCCCUGGAGGUGACUAUCGUGAGUGGGUCGGGGCAGGAGCACGCCGGCUGCCUGCUGCUCACCUCUGAGGUGCUGUUUGUGGUCAGCCUGUGUGAGGACACCCAGCAGCAGGCCUUUCCCAUCACUGAGGUGGAGUGUCAGCAGGAGCCGGAGCAGCAGGGCCAGCUCACCCUCACCUUACAGCAGCAGACGGUUAGCAGCGACUCUGAGAGCGAUGGUGUUCGGGAGCGUCUGUCAGAGCAGCAGUACCAGCGCCUGCUGGAUUAUGUGAUUCGAAGCUCCCAGUUCCUCUCGCCUUCCGCCGCUUCGCUCCAGCUUCAGCCUCCAGUGACCAUCGCAGAACCGCCGCCGUCUGUCACCAAGUGCUACCGCUAUCUGGUGGAUCCUGCUUCCGCCAAAGUGUUUGUUAGUAAGUUCACCAUAGUGAAGAAUAAAGCUUUACGCAUCGGAUUCCACUGAGGAGGAGAGAUUAUGAACAUUAAAGUCUGACCUGUGCUUAAAAUGUAAUGUUUGCCUUAAAAAAAAAAACUACAUCUGUUUAUUUUCUAAAUAAAACUUUUGGAUGUUAUCUUGUUAUUUAAGUCUAACUGGUCACUCAUGCCUUAGAGAUAAAAACCUUUUAUUCUGAUAUAUAAAUGU